AUGAAUUCACUUAUUAAGGUUUUAUUGGAUAAAUGUUUUCGGAUAAAUGUUAAAAAAAUCUCAAGGCUAUCUUCCUAUGUCCUGUUAUUUAAGAGACAAAAUGUUCUUCAAGUUAUAUUAUCAAAAGAAAAAUACAUUGCAGCAAUAAAGCAUCCAUUCAAAAAGAAGCAGCAAAAAGCAAAGCAUCUGCAUUUUUUUCUCUCUAUUCGAUCACUGGAAUUGACAGUUGAAGCAAAAAUGGCAGAAAUGAUUCUCGGUGCUACGGUGGAAAGAGUGGUGUUAAGCGUGAUUUCAGCCUUAACAGCCGUAACAGGACAAGUCAAACCCGGGUGGGGUUUGAAGAAGGAGCUAGAAAAGCUUGGUGACUCACUAGCCAUAAUUCAAGAUUUCUUGCAAGAAGCAGAGGAAGGGCAGAAAAAAAGCAACUCAAUGAACAUUUGGCUAGAGAAGCUGAAAGAUGUUGCAUAUGAGGCUGAUGAUGUGCUGGAUGAGUUCACUUAUGAAAUUCUCCGAAGGAAAGUAGAGGAGACUCAUAAUCAAACUUCCAGAAAGGUACAACACUUCUUUUCUCCCUCUAAUCCAAUUGUAUUUCGUCUCCAGAUGGCUAAUAAAAUCAAGGACAUCCACAAAUCCUUGGUUUACCUUAACAACAUGGCCAACCAGUUUGGUCUCCAACAAAGAAUGACAAACCUGAGUUCUCAUGCACAAGCUGGAGGACUAAACGAGGAGACCGUCUCCUUCCUGGAUGACUCCAAAAUUUUUGGCAGGAAAAACGAUGUCUUAAAGGUGGUUGACUUGUUGGUCAACACAACUGACGACGAAUAUAUCUCGGUUGUAGCCAUAGUUGGCAUGGCAGGUAUUGGGAAGACAACUUUGGCAAAACAGGUGUACAAUGAUGUGGAAGUAAAACGGCACUUCGAUGUAAAAUUUUGGGUGUGUGUGUCGGAUGAUUUUGAUGUUAAAAAGAUUUGCAGUCAGAUAUUGGGACAUUUCAUGGAUAACAAUAACAUUCCAGUAAAUGAAAGUAAUAAGAAUUGCAUCCUCAAGAAACUCAAGAAGAAGUUGAAACGAAAAAAGUAUCUUAUUGUACUUGACGAUGUGUGGAACACUGAGAAGUGGGAAGACCUGAAGUCUUGCUUGUUGGGAGUUAAUAAAAGUAAGGGAAACAGAAUCAUUGUCACAACCCGUAGUGAAAUUGUGGCAUUGAAAGUGCAAUCACUUCCUCAUCACGGGCAUCAACUACAAAGACUAGAACAUGAUGAAUGUUGGUCCAUAAUCAAAGAGAAAGCAUUUGGGGAUUCUCCAAUUUCUCUGGAAUUACAGUCAAUAGGAAAGGAAAUUGCUAGAAGAUGCGAGGGUGUGCCAUUAGUAGCAAAAGUUAUUGGAGGGACAAUGCGCAAUGAAAUGGCUAUAGAAGCAUGGUUGAACUUUCGAGAAAGCAAUGUUAUCUGGGGCUCCCUAGAAAGUGUAUUGAAAUUAAGCUUUGAUCGGUUGCCUUCUCCAUCUCUAAAGAAGUGUUUUGCAUAUUGUGCCAUUUUCCCCAAGGAGUUUUGCUUCGAAAAGGAACAGCUAAUUCAGCUUUGGAUGGCUGUGGGGUUUCUUCAACCUCCUCCAGGGAGUUCCAUGACCAUGAUGGAUAUUGGUAACAAGUACUUCAAUGACUUGUUAUCAAACUCUUUGUUCCAAGAUGUGGAAAAGGACUCCUGCGGGAAUAUUAUAGCUUGCAAGAUGCAUGACAUGGUGCGCGGUUUUGCAUUGUCUGUUUCAAAAUUGGAAUCUUUGGUUCUGAUGGGGGAUUCCACUUCUAUCACAGAGAUUUCUCAGCACAUUCGGCAUCUUAAUGUCAUUUCUGACGGGGAAUCAUUACCCACAGUUUUAACUGUGGCUGCUCCAAAACUGCACACUCUGUUUGCAAAUACCAGUGUCUUCAGAAAAAUGUCAAGAACAUUUAAAAGCUUACGGGUUCUAAAACUUCGCGAUGCUUCUGAUGUUUAUGAUUUGCCAGCAUCCCUUGGCAAAUUAAAACACUUGAGGUAUUUUGACAUCUCCAACACUAGUAUCAGAGCACUGCCUAGAUCCAUCACUAAACUGUACAAUUUGCAAACGCUAAGAUUUUUGCGUUGCCAGCUUCUUAAACUUCCAGCUGAUGUAAGAAACAUGAUAAGCUUGAAGCAUAUUCAUUUUGAUAAUGAAACCCUUCAACCAAUUCAGAUGAGAAACCUGACUCGCCUUCAAACGUUGCCAUUGUUUGUUGUGGGUCUAGAAAGGGGACAUAGGAUAGAAGAGCUAAGAUGCCUCAACGAACUUGGUGGAAAAUUGAAGUUGUGCAAGCUUGAACAUGUUAGAGGCAAAGAAGAUGCCAAGGGAGCAAAUCUAUGCCAUAAAACAAAUUUAUCCAAGCUGAUAUUGGAAUGGAGCUCUACGAGAUCAGAAAGCUACGGUAAUGAUGAAGAAGUGCUGGAAGGUCUCCAACCUUACUCAAAUUUGAGUAGCUUAAUUAUCAGAAAUUAUACAGGAGAGGGCUUUCCUUCUUGGAUGUCAGGAAAUGUUUAUGGUUCCAGAGGCCAGUUUUUGCUUAACAAUUUGAUGGAGCUGGAGUUGAUCAAUUGCAAUAGAUGUAAAAUUCUUCCAACUCUUGGGCACCUUCAAAAUCUCAAAAAUCUUAUCUUGAGAAAGGUGGAGAGCUUGAUCUGUAUAAAUAGUGAAUUUUAUUGUAAUAACAGUAGCCCUGGUCUGGAUGAUUCAAUCACACUAUUUCCUGCUUUAAAAAAAUUCACUAUGGACGACAUGACAAAACUAGAAGAAUGGGUGACAAUUUCAACAACAGUCAUGUUUCCUUCCUUGGAGGAGUUGAAUAUUUGGAGGUGUCCCAUGUUGAAAAGUGUUCCAAUAACGAGGCAAUCUUCAUUUCUUCGAAAGCUUCAUAUUGAACAAUGCGACGAAUUGAGAAGCAUAGGGGCAGAACUAUUGUUUGCUUCCAACUGGAAUCGUCUCAAUGAAUUAACUAUCAAAAGCUGUUCUAAGCUAAGCUCCAUUCCAGUUUUAAACAACUCCCCCGUUGUAAGCCUGGAGGUUUCUGACUGUGGUGAAUUGGAAAAUGUUUCAAUAAUGGGGCAGUGUUCAUAUCUUGAGAAGCUUCGUGUUCACCGUUGCGGAAAUUUAAUCAGCAUGGGAUAUGGAUUAUCUACUUCAACACGUCUCCAAGAACUAACUAUAGAAGGGUGUCAGAAUUUAAGGUCAGUUCCAUACUUAGAUGGAUUUUCUUCUCUCCUAAGUAUAAAAUUCUUGCAGUGUAGCAGAUUGGAAGUGUUCGGAAUAAUGGGACUAUUUUCAUCGCUUGAAAAGCUCCACAUCCAAGGGUCUCCAGAAUUACGCAAUAUAGGAGAUGGAUUGUCUAGCUCCACUUGUCUCAAAGAAUUGUCUCUAGAAUUUUGUUCUAGUUUGAGCACCAUUCCGAAUUUGGAAGGAUUUGCCUCUCUUGAAAGCUUGGAGCUUGUUGGCUGUUCCAAGUUGGAAAGUGUCCCAUUAAUGGGACGAUGUUCAGCUCUUCAGAAUCUCCACAUUGAAGAGUGUGAAAAUUUGAUCAAUAUAGGAAAUGGCUUAUCUUCCUCAACUGGUCUCAAAGAAAUAUUUAUCAGAUUAUGUCCUAAGUUAAGCUUCAUUCCAAGUUUAGAAGGAUUUUGCUCUCUUGAAAGUGUACAAGUUUUUGGCUGCAAUGAGUUGGAAAGAUUUCUGAUAAUGGGACAAUGUUCGUCGCUUCAAAGUUUUCGCAUUGUGGGGUGUAAAAAGUUGAGCAAUAUAGGAGAUUCACUAUCUACUUCCACUAGUCUCAAACAUCUAAUCCUACAGGAUUGUGAUUGUCUGAGCUCCAUUCCUAGAUUGGAUGGAUUCUCUUCUCUUAAAGAGUUGAUAGUUCAACGGUGUUCCGAGUUGAAAAGUGUUCCAAUAAGUGGUGACUUUUCAUCUCUUGAGCUGCUCAGUAUUGAUAGUUGCAGGGAAUUGAGGUGGACUGGGAGUGGACUGUCUACUUCUACGCGUCUCCAAAGCUUGAGCAUAUGCUUUUGCCCUAAUCUGAUGUCCAUUCCCAUUAAUGAUGCACUCUACUCUCUGAAGGAAUUGAACUUCACAGCUUCAGGUGAAUGUUUGUCUUCGUUACUACCAAGUUUACUGCAAUCCAGCACUUGUCUUGAGAGACUGACAAUAACUGGUUUCCGUAAUCUGAUAUCCAUUUCUGAAGAUUUGAGGAAGCUUCAUUCUCUUGUUUAUUUGAAUAUCACGUGGUGUCGAAAUUUGAGGAGCAUUCCGGAGGACAGCCUUGGCAACCUCACCAGCUUGUCAACAUUAAAGAUUGGCGGUUUCUCAGAAGAUCUGGAGGAAUUCCCCUGUCUCAGUUCCAUCCAGCACCUCCGAGCCUCGCUUAAAGAUUUGCACCUGAUUGGAUGGCGAAAGCUGAAGUCUCUACCUCAUCAACUUCAACAACUUACUGCCCUUAAAGUAUUAGCUAUAGAGUGGUUUCACGGACUAGAGGCCUUGCCUGAGUGGUUGUCAAACCUCUCCUCUCUUGAAGAGUUGGGAAUCAUUUCAUGUGAUAAUCUCAUGCAUCUGCCUUCUUUGGAAGUCUUACCAAGCCUCACAGUCCAAACUUCAAGGUGUCCUCGAUUAAAGAAAAAAUGCACCGAGAUGAGCAACCUUCAGGGAUCCAAGAUUUCCCACAUUUCAGAAAUCGUUACUAUGCUUAGAACCGAAGAAGGAGAAACUUCUUAGUUCCAAAGGAGAUCACUGUAUACAUCAAGUUGAGGGCAUAGAAGUCUACCAUCAUGUACCAGUUUACAUGGAAGGAUGAUGUAAUGGGGAGCCAUAAGACUUCCGAGUAGUUUGCUUCCAUGCUCAUCUAAGAAGGAUUUCAGCAUUUCAUGUCACGAUACCUAUUCUGUUUGCAUCAACUCCUUCUUUUGUCUGUCAUUUCAUGACUUUGAAAUUAUAAUUAGUGAUGCCCUGAGUUUGAAGGUAUAUUUGACUUUCGGUAAAGCAUUAGGUGAAGCAUUAUUUCAUUCCUUUUACUUAUUCUUUAUAUGAUGACUUUUGAGUUUGCUUUCAUCCUUGUCAUCUACUUCUCUUCCAGGCUAAUGAAACUAUGUAGGAGAUCAAC